GUUCAAGUUCCAAUCGACCACAACAAUCGACAACAACAACUACUCACAAUGCACCUCCGCUACCUGCUUCUUCUUCUCUCGGGCGCGACGCUUGGCCUCGCCUGCUCACGUCUCAGCGAUGCCUCGAACCCAAUGAACCGAACGCUCUCCGAUGUACCGUAUAUGGACGCGAUAUCGCUCCGUACAAGCUACGACAGGUGUCUUGGGUCCGUCGACAUCACGGCGCUCAUGAACGGGCUGCUUGGCGCCGCGACGGCUGAGCCCACGUGUCAGCGCGCGAUCGCCGACCUCGUGCCGAUGUACUCCGAAUAUAUAUGGACAUCCAGUGGCAGCUCCGGCGACGGGUCUGCUAUGGACGACGCACUCGAUUUUACAAACGCCAAGGCGCAGAAGCUCUGCACAACGCUCCUCAACGUCGUCCCGUGCCUCGAAAAGGCGAUCGUGCCCUUCGUGCUAAAGACGAUCAAUGCCGGCGGCUGCUGCACUGCCGCACUCAGUGAUCUGGCGACGGACUUUGGCGCGCCAAUCGACGUCGUCGUUGCGACGCUCGUGCGGGAUCUGGGCAAUGUGUUGUGCUCGACGCAGUCGCCCGGUUUUUUCAACCAAGGCAACCAGACGUGUGCGUAUGCAUUAGCCCAGAGCGUGCUCCACGCAGCGGUACCAGUCGGUCGCCUCGUCGAGGCCGUCGCUCAGUUGCCGACGAGUGAGGCGUGCAAGGCUCUUGUCGCCAAUGCUCCGUUCCAGAUGACGCAGUGGCGUGCGAUGACGCCCCUCUUUACGGCGCCGUACUUGCCGUCGACGUGCGUCCAACCAAUUGACGCGCUCAUUAGCGGGGUCGCCCGCUGGCCUUGGAUCCAGACCACGGAUAUGUCGAAAAUGCUAAGCGCUAGCAGCUGCCUCUCGAAUCCAGAGGAGGCGUCUCAGUGCUUGCAUCUCGCGAGCGGGUUUGCGAGCACGUGCACGUACACAACGUCGCUCCAGCUCUUCACGCAGGCGUUGGCUCCGACAAAGUCGUCGUCGUCCGGAAGUACUACGGUGUCGUCUGUCGCCCUCAUCAUUCUCUCGAUCCUCUACUUUUACUUGUAAACCCUAAACUGCGAGAUAUAUACAAAACUGUAUAAGACC